UUGUGGCCAUUGACACGUUGUGGAUCCGGGUCUGGAGGCAGAUAGCGGGUCCUAAAACACCCGACGAAAAAAAUCGCAGCUGGGUGUCCGCGUCCUUUAGACCAAAAACGUUUGGUGUAGCGAGCAGCAACGCGUCGGACACCCACCGGACGCGUCGUUCUGGUUUCUCGGCGAGUGGAAGCUCGGUAGCUGGCUAACGACGACGACGGUGGUGGUGAUGAUGAUGAUGCAUCGCGGGGUUUAUCCCGGCGCCUGGGACUGAGAUGACUCUCCCGUGGGUGCCAGCUAGCAUGCUAGCCAGUUAACAGCUCUCCGAACCUCCGGGAUCUAUGGUCCGCUGGAUGGAUGCUUGUGCUACUGUAGCGCCCAGCGUUCCCGCCUCCUCCAGCCCGGUCCGUGGCUUUGAUCGAGACUGACUAUGGCGACCAGCAGGGAAGUGCAAACUUAACCGCCACACGUGAUAGAAUUGAUCUCGCUCAGCUUGGGCUUCACCCUCGGAUGCUCCAGUGACGCUUGUCGGUGAGUAACCGGAGCCUCCAAUCUCAGCGGGUCCCGCGCCAGUGUGCACACCCAGGGAUCCAUAGUGGCUUCUAAAAAUAGUUAGCAGCGACCAGUGUGCCUCGGUGGUUCCAGCCCACCGGCGGCUGUCACGCCGGUUCCGUACAUUUGGACCGCUUAUGCUAAGCCAGCCCACUGCUAGCUAGCACGUCUCCAACUCCUGCGCCUUUUAUGGUCGCGCUCCUGCUGGUGGUUCACUUUGGUUUCGCCAGCUUUGCUAGCAGCGAAAAGGCAGAGCUGCUGUGCAAACAAGCAGAGGGGGGACGGAACUGCGAGGCUCGUGCCAGUCCACUUCGGCCUCCGCCGGUUAGCAACACGCUCCCUCCACAGUUAGCGGAUCUGCUCACCGGAGCCAGAGGUGUGUUCCGUUUUCUCCCCUGCGCUUGUGGAGUCAGAGUGGAGCCCCGAGAGCCUGCAGUGGUGUGCUUCACGAUGGCGCAGCUCCUGGACGGGGCCAGCACACUGGGCUGGGUUGUGCUCAGGGGUGUGUUCCGCUUUGUCUUCAUGUUCCUCAACAACUGUGUGGCCAUCCCGUCCUACUGCCUCUACCUGAUUCUGCUGCAGCCGCUCAGAAUAUGGGACAGUUCUGCUUUCUGGCACCUGGAGGGGGUUAUGUUCAAGUGGUUGCUGGCCAUGGUGUCAUCAUGGGGCUGGAUCGCGGGUUACACAGUCACAGAGUGGGGGGAUGACGUGCGGCCGAUCUCUGAGGAAGAAGCCAUGGUCAUCGUCAACCACCAGUCCACGGGAGACGUGUGCACUCUCAUGAUGUGCCUGCAGGACAAGGGCACGGUGGUACGAAAAAUGAUGUGGUUAAUGGACCACGUGUUCAAAUACACCAACUUUGGCCUGGUGUCCCUCAUCCACGGGGACUUCUUCAUCAGACAGGGUAAAGCUCACAGAGACAAGCAGCUGAUCUACCUGAAGGAUCACUUAGACAAAUAUUAUCACAGCCGCGACAGGAAAUGGGUAGUGCUGUUUCCGGAGGGCGGGUUCCUGCGCAAGAGGAGGGAAACCAGCCAGACAUUCGCUAAGAAGCACUCGCUGCCCCACCUCACCCACGUCACCCUGCCUCGACUGGGGGCCACCCACGUCAUCCUGAAGACCCUGUCGGCGCAACAGGAGAACGGCAGCAUCAGCGGGGAGGGCGGGACACUCAACCAGAAGGGUAACAAACGUAAAGGCCUCCAGUGGGUAAUAGAUGUGACCAUAGCGUAUCCCAAAGCUCGGCCGAUGGACAUCCAGACUUGGAUCUUCGGCUACCGGUCGCCCACAGUCACACAUGUUCACUACAGGAUGUACCCCAUCAAAGACGUCCCCAUGGAGGCCGAGCCGCUGACCGACUGGCUCUACCAGAGGUUUGUGGAGAAAGAGGAUCUGCUGGCCCACUUCUACAACACAGGUUCCUUCCCUCCACUAGAGGGCCAGAAGCAGGCAGCCUCCCGACAGAUGACCCUUGACCCCGUGUGGCUCUGCCUCAUCCAGUCGUUUGCGUUCGUGUCCGGCUACAUGUGGUUCAGCCUCUUCCAGUAUCUGUACUGCUGCUUAUUUUGAGGUGACUGACCAGGCGGGGAGGGUCCCGCGUGGGACCACUGGAGAAGAAGCCUCAGGAUCUGUUGGUGUGCGGCCCGGCGUCCUAUCCACCCCUCCCCCACCCGUCCCGCCCGAUGGAUGAAUGUACAUUCGUGGAGCCAAUUCUGUUCCAGACAAAACAGAACCCGGUCACGUGACGUAGAAGAAUCACACACUCGGCUUCGCACUCGUCACCCGUUGGUGUUUACACGUCGUCAUACACGCUCACAUUAGUCCACGGUGCAGACCGGGCCUCAGGAUCCAGACAAGACUCUCUCCACGAGCCGUUUGGAGCCCAGACGUUUGCCCGAGUCCUUCCUCCUCUAGAGCGGCUGCCAGUCCGCCACAGGCCAGGCAGAGCCGGCGCUCCUCUGAACCCUCAUUGCACUAAUGAAUCCAUACUGCCCCCAGCAACCCACUCAGCCAGGAGAAGCUCCUGAACAGUUUUAGAUUUGUUUUGAAUCCCACCGCUUACGUCCACAAACGUGUCCCAGGAGGUGUUUACACCGGCAGCCCUGCUGAAAGCCUGAAAGGAUUGAUGACGCGGCGCUCGACGGAGGACCUGUGGUCACAUGACACUGAGGCGGAGGGGCACGUUCGACUCCAUCCUCACGUUCAUCACGCAGCGACUCUAGUCCCUCUCUGGACGACUUAGUUUUACAAAUAUUUAAGCCAUAUGCUUAGUGUUGUCUGACGUCGGGGUGAAAAAGAUUUUUAUAGAGCGACCUGAUGUUGAGCGUUCCGACAUAGAGAUUUUGGCUUACAUUAGGGUUCAUUACUGUAAAUUUUACAGCCUAACCUGCCUACGUGAGUGUGUGUUCGUCCUUUUCCCAUUUUGUUUUGUAACUACGAUCCCCUGCUCCGCGGAUGGAUCGGAUCUCACCUUUUUUAAUCUCUCGUGUCUUCAUGUUCAAACUUGUACAUAAAGCAAGAGGAAGAGUUUCACCUCCGAUUUGGGCUCCUGAGAGGUACGGCGGAAAUGUGGCAGGUGUUUUGAAAGCCGAUGGUUCCCACGGUGUUCCUCGUUUAUCGUCUCUGAGCAGCAGACGAGACUUCAUCCACACUGCUGGCCUGUUCCCGCUGAGCCUCACUAACCUGAGUUCGCUUAUGCAUUUUCAUUUGCAUACACAGCUCAACCCUGCCGUCAGUCUUUUCACAAAUAAAGUGAUUGAAGAAAGUGGAGCAAGUAAAUCACAGCCAUCUGUUGAAUCACUGCUUCUCUUAUUUCCAGGUGGAACACAACUCAUAAUGCUGUAUGUGUCAAGGUCACAUGACCUGAAAAUGAGAGUUAUAAAUCAUACUAUUUUGUUUGGAAAAUUGUGAUGUUUCUAUUGCUGCUUCAUGUCAGGACAGGAAGGAAUAAAAGCAAAACUGUUUUCCAUCUA